AUGGCUACCGGGAGGGCUCCCUCCGAGAUUAUAGAAAGAGAACGAAAAAAGUUACUGGAAAUCCUCCAGCAAGAUCUGGACUCGAUCCUAGAUUCAUUAACCUCUCGGAGGCUGAUUUCCGAGGACGAGUAUGAGGCGCUGGAGGGCAUUCCAGACCCUCUGAAGAAAAGUCGGAAGCUGUUGAUUUUGGUGCAGAAAAAGGGAGAAGACAGUUGUCAGCAUUUCCUCAAAUGUUUAUGCAGUACUUUUCCAGAGUCAGCGACCACUUGGGGCUUAACACAAGAGUUUUUAAAACAUGAAAAUAUAGAAUCUCCUCAAUCUACAGGGGUAAGCAAGAGUUCGGAAGAUCUAUUUUCCCCAGGAAAGGAGCAGCCGGAGAGUUCGGAGAUCACAGUGUCCUUUAAAGAGAAAGAACACUUUGAUGUGGACACCUCUGAGAUGCUCAUGGACACGGAAAGUAGUUAUGGCGAGAUGGGGUGGUCCUCAGGGGAAAACGAGAAGGCAUACAACCCACCAACAACCACAAUGCCACCUUCAGUAGAGAGUGUUGAAUCUGAAGUUUCAGGAACUAUUGAUUAUUCACAGGACCAACAGAGAUACGAUGAGCCCGAUGAUUCUUUAUACUUAGGAGAAGAGGAAUAUCUAGCAUCGGCUGUAUUCUCUGAAGACGCAGAAAGCACCGUGGAAGAAGAAGAUUGUAACGACCCAGAGUACCUUGUCUAUGGUGGGGAAGAGGACCCUGUGUAUGCAGAAACCGCAGAGUUCUCUGGUGACGAGCAGAGUUAUGGUGAUUCAGAACCCGGCAUGCUGUUGGAGGAGGAGGAGGAGGAGGAAAGUAUGGAAGAAAGAAAAAAGGUGUUUAAAGAUGUCCUGUCCUGUUUGAACUUGGACAGGAGCAGAAAGCUUCGGCCGGAUUUUGUUCAACAGUUCUCCUUAGAUCGAGGAUGUAAGUGGACACCCGAAACUCCGGGAGACCUAGCCUGGAAUUUCCUGAUGAAAGUUCAAGCACUGGAUGUGACGGCUAGAGAUUCAAUCCUUAGACACGAGGUUCUGGGUGAGGAUAGCAAAGGGGCGUCGCCAUCCGGAGUCGAGAAUCUGGAAAUGAGGGACACACCAGCCAUGAACCCCCUGGAUGUCCUCUGUGCCGCUCUGCUGUGCUCAGACAGCUCUCUGCAGCGCGCAGUCAUGUCAAGCAUGUAUCGAUGCCGGUUUGCUCUUCCUCUGCUCCUGCCAGAUGCGGAGAACAACAAAAGCAUCUUAAUGCUGGGAGCCAUGAAAGGCAUUGUGAAGGGGCAGCCAGCACUGCCUUCAGGAGGGCCGGCGGGGGAAACCGAGAGGUCUCUGACUCGCGCCAAGAUGCCCGUCAUCUCUUUUGUGCGUCUAGGAGACUGUAGCUUCUCCAAGUCCAGAAUCCUCAACGUGCUGCUCAGUCCCGCCCAAGCCCAACUACACAAAGUCUUCCUCCAUCACGACUUGCCUGUUCCGGUGCUUCCCCGGCAGAUCUCGGAUGGCCUGGUGGAAAUAGCGUGGUGCUUUCCGGAUAGCCACAGUCUCAGGGAAAGCCCUCCCUUUUUCCCAGAGCCUGUUGCUGUGGCCAACCUUCAUGGAGAUCUAGAAAGCUUUUGGACACAAUUUGGUUUCUUGGUGGAAGUGUCCUCAGCUGUGUUUUUUUUCACUGACUGCCUAGGUGAAAAGGAAUGGGACCUGCUCAUGUUUUUAGGAGAAGAUGCCAUUGAAAGAUGCUACUUUAUCCUCAGUCCCCAGGCCAGGGAGAGUGAAGAGGCUCAGAUUUUCCAGAGGCUUCUGAAGUUGAAGCCAUCACAGCUACUGUUUUGGGAGGAGGAGGAAGCUGGGGAGAAAGGGAGGAGCUGGCAGGGCCUCCGAGCUGCCCUCCAAGAGGUGAUGUCCUCAUCACUCAGACGUGUGUCUGUGGAGGACAUGGCCUCCCUGGCCAGGGAGUUGGGGAUCCAGGUAGACCAAGACUUUGAGAACGUUCAAGGAAUUCAAGUUUCCCCUGGUGACAACCUGGCUGGGACAGUUGAAGAUGAGGGGCAACGAAGACACAGUCAGCCAGAAAGCUCAUCUGAAAGCCCCGUUGAGAUGCCUGUGAAGGAGCCUGGUGCUGAAGGUGAGGUCACCCAGGCUCUUCAGAAUUUCCACCUCACCCCAGUAUUCGUGCCUUAUGUGCAAAACCUCUGUCCGUUCCCAGUCGGAACUGGAGGCCACUUUAACCGUGUUCCUGUGAAAGCCCCUAGGGUUACAGGCUUCCACCUUGGGUCAGAGCAGAAGUCUAAGUGGUUCCGUCCUCCACCCUUUCAUAAUUCAAGGGUCCAUGGUCAAGGUAGAAGUUUUGGGGUUCAGUACUUCCAACCCCAGAGAUUUUGUUCAGUUGAGAGUUUUAUGAAAUUUUCGAGACCUGCUCAGGGACGUCACAUGGAUGGACCAUUUGGGAGACCACCAAGACCCAUUUGGCGGCAUGUGAAGACUUGGCUUGGCAGACCACAGGCAACGGGAGCUUGUGCAAGGUCUGCCAUCGUGGUCUCCCCGGGAGGUCACUUCCACUCACGGCCAGCAGGACCAGUUGGGAAGCCACCGCCUAGGCAAGCCCACGCCCGGGGAACACAGCCGCCUGAGGCAACUGAAAAACAGAUGAGAACAUCAUCCCACACUGCGACUCCUCACUCUCGAAACUUUCAGCCAGCAGGAGUCAUACACAGACCCCUAAGACCUGCUUUUCAGCAGGGAUUCAAGCUAAAGACACCAGGUGGGCCUUCAAAUCCAGCUGGCCAAAUGGGAUCCCAUCCUAUGUCCAACAGAUUUUUACCCAACUCUCUGUUCCAUCAGCCCACGCCAUCCCAGGGCAAGCAUUCCCAGCCCAAACCCUUCCAACCUAUGGCCUCUCAACCCAAACCUACCCAAACAAAACCCACUCAUCCCCAGCCCUCCCAAACUAGAAGCUCCCAAUCCAAACCCACUCAUCCCCAGCCCUCCCAAGCUAGGUGCUCCCCAGCCAAACCCACUCAUCCCCAGCCCUCCCAUGCUAGAAGCUCCCAAUCCAAACCCACUCAUCCCCAGCCCUCCCAAGCUAGAAGCUCCCAAUCCAAACCCACUCAUCCCCAGCCCUCCCAAGCUAGGUGCUCCCAAGCCAAACCCACUCAUCCCCAGCCCUCCCAUGCUAGGCCUUCUCAGCCCAGACCUACUCAACCCAAGUCAUCAGGAACCAGUGCUUCACAGGCUAAGGCAUCCUACUCAAGAGCAGGGCCCAAGAGGGGAGGGAAGCAUUAAAGUGCUUACUCCAGAGACCUGUGAAAUGUAUCCUUUACCCAGGCCAUUCCAAUCACAGAAUAGUACCCUAAAG